AUGACGGCAGGGGCGCUUGUAAAGGAUGCAGAGCUGCUUGUGGUUCCCAGUAAGGUGAUCAAUCAUCGCUGUGGUAAGUCCGUGCUCAGGGCAAGCCCCCGCAACGUACCCCAGACGGCAGGAGCGGCCAACAGCACCACCCCAUCGAAGAAGAGGGGAGAGCCGAGAAAGGAAAGCACGAGCAGCCGAGCCGAAAUCUGUUGUGUCUACACUUCGCGCGCAAGAGACCAGCGAACGCACAUGAGCAGAAUGGCAGACACGACGACCGACACAGAGACGCCGAGGGCGAUCAUUGUCGGGGCCGGGCUGGCGGGCCUGGUGGCGGCAUAUGAGCUGACGCAGCGAGGCGUGUCGGUGGUGAUGGUGGAGCAGGAGACGCGGGCCAACCUGGGCGGCCAGGCCUUUUUCUCGCUGGGCGGGCUCUUCUGCGUCGACUCGUCCGAGCAGCGACGCUGGGGCAUCAAGGACUCACGGGCGCUGGCACUGGGCGACUGGCUGGGGACGGCGCAGUUCGACCGGCUGGACGGCGACGACCGAUGGCCGCGGCAGUGGGCGGAAGCGUUUGUGGACUUUGCGACCGGCGAGCUGGAGCAGUACGUCAAGCGGCUGGGACUGCGGUUCCUGUCGGUAGGCUGGGCAGAACGUGGCGACGGCACGGCGACAGGACACGGCAACUCGGUGCCGCGCUUCCACCUGACCUGGGGCACAGGGCCAGAGGUGGUGCGGAUCUUUGCCGAGCCGGUAGAAGCGGCCGAGAAGCGCGGACUGGUGACGUUCCGACACCGUCACAUGGUGGACCGGCUGCUGGUGGACGAGACGACAGGACGGGCAGUGGGCGUGACCGGACGGGUGCUGGCAGCAGACGAAGCAGUGCCGCGCGGCCAGCCGACAUCGCGCGUCGUGGUCGAUACGUUUGAGAUCCGGGGCGCAGCCGUGCUGGUGGCAGCCGGCGGUAUCGGCGGCAACGUCGAGAUGGUGCGACAGGCUUGGCCGGUGGCACGGCUGGGACCACGAGUGCCACAGCGCUUUGUCGUCGGAGUGCCGGCUCACGUGGACGGCCGCAUGAUGGGCAUCGCCGAGCAGGCCGGAGCCCACACGGUCAACCGCGACCGCAUGUGGCACUACACCGAGGGUCUGCAGAACUGGGACCCCAUAUGGUCCAACCAUGGGAUCCGCGUGCUGCCAGGCCCGUCGUCGCUCUGGCUCGAUGCCACCGGCAAACGGCUGCCGCCCAGCCUCUUUCCCGGCUCCGACACGCUCGCAACGUUGCGCCACAUCUGCGCCACAGGCCAUGACUACAGCUGGUUUGUGCUCGACCGUGCCAUCGUCGCCCGCGAGUUUGCCCUCUCUGGCUCCGAGCAGAACCCUGACAUCACCGACAAGAGCUACUGGCAGGCCCUGCUGCAGCGCGUCCUCAGCCGUCGCGGCACCGUGCCCGUCCAGCAGUUUUGUGCCCAUGGCGCCGACUUUGUCGUGCGCGACUCGCUCGAGGACCUCGUCGACGGCAUGAACGAGCUCGCCCGUACGAUCGACGGCCCGCUGCUCGACCAUGCUGCCGUCCGUGCUGUCGUCGAGGCUCGCGACGCCCAGCUUGACAACCCCUACAGCAAGGAUGCCCAGGCCAUGCUCGUGCGCAACGCUCGCCUCUACUGGUACGAUCGGCUGACCCGCGUCGCUGCUCCCCAUCGUCUGCUGGACCCGCGCCAUGGUCCCUUGAUUGCCGUGCGCAUGAACCUGCUCACCCGCAAGACUCUUGGCGGCAUCGAGACCGACCUGCAGUCGCGCGUCCAGCGUCCCGACCACUCCGUCUUCCCCGGCCUCUAUGCUGCUGGCGAGAUCGCUGGCUUUGGUGGUGGUGGCGUCCACGGCUAUGCCGCCCUCGAGGGCACCUUUCUGGGCGGCUGCAUCUUUUCCGGACGUGCGGCUGGCCGUGCUAUGGCCGACGAGAUCCUGGGGAGCGUGCACGAGGGAUAG